GCGGAAAUACCAAAUGACUGCGCUACCUGCAAGGGUUGCCGCAUUUUAAGGGGCCACUCGUUUCUUUUCUUCUUUGGGUUGCCGAAUUAGUGUCACUGCUCUCUUUGAGCUACCUAACUCAUUGAUUAAUUUCACCAUCACACGUGGGUGUACUUUGUGUUAUCUUUGUGUAGUUAUAACUACAUUAAAGCUCAAGUGCUUCUUUUUUAUCCAUACAGCAGGUAUAUUUAGGGUAUUCAUGGGCAUUUAGUACUAGUUUUACGACAUUUUGGGAAAUCUUUUAACCGUGAGACACUUAUCGAAAUUUUGGUGAUUUGGGAAAUUACUAAUAUUUCGAUUUCCCAGAGUUGAUAAUAGUAGUGGCUGUAUCCUAAAUAAUACUCUUGAGGAAAUCCGAAUUUUCAGGAUCUGAUGCUAUGUUGCAUGUGUCUCUUUAAACGAAGCUAUAAGGAGGGAACAACUAGGAUUUAGGUGCAGAUUCAGACAUUCCCUUUAGGAUUGUAGGCUCUUGUGUCCUUUGUUAAUCCUUGGAAUAUAUAUCUCUGUAGACUUAAUUCCUCUUUAAAAGCAUUCACAGACUGAGCUGAUACUGCUUGGUUGGAUAAGGAGUUCCAGUCGCUGACUACUAUGUGAGAAUCUAAAUUCCGCUUGUCUUUUAUUCCUCCGCAGUUUAAUUUGCGUUUCCUUUGUACUCUUUCCUAAAACAUUGAGUAGUCGCUUGUAUACAGUAGUGCAGAUGAGGCCUGACAUAUGUUGUACAGAUUAAUUUGAACAUAGACUGAGCUACGUGUUUCAAAGCCCGUUAAAGUGCCCAUAGCAUUCCAAAAUCCGUAGGUGCAGCUGCGUUGCCGUUUGGAUUUGUUUUCAAAUCGUGUCUGACUGUCUUUUUUUCCCUUAACAUUCGGCACUUUUGUGUCCCCUGUUCCCUAAAUGCAUUACCGUACUUUUUUUGAAAUUAACUUCUAAACUGCAAAGUUUAGACCAUUCAGUCGAUAUAUCUGGAUCACGUUAUUAGAGUGGUCUACCAUCAUUAUUAUUUGCAGUUUUCCCACUUAAUAUCAUCCGCAAAUAAUAAUAAGGAUGAAGGAAAAAAUUUUGGUGGUUUGUGUAUGUGUAGUGGGAAUAACAGGGUGUCUAGUAUAGUCCCCCUGCUGUACUCCGUUGAUAAUAAUGUCAAUAAGAAUAUGAAUGCGAAGCUGAAAUUUAGGCGGAAAUAUGAACAACAGUAUAUUGAUGAAAAGAAGAAUAAGAGGGGCUGUGUACGUGGUGUUUCUCAAUAUUUGUCCACGAAUCUCACUUGGAGUUACUUGUAUCAGUGUUUGACAUUACCUGUUUAUUUUCAAUGAACUCGCGCUGGCAUUCUUUACCAGUCAAAUUGUCUGAAAGCACCUUGGACGCAAUCUCCUCACUUGGCUUUAAAGAAUGCAUGCCAGUUCAGCAAUCUGUUAUUCCUCUGCUGCUAUCUUCGAAGGAUGUAGCAGCUGAAGCUGUCACGGGGUCUGGAAAGACUUUGGCUUUCGUUGUACCCAUUUUGGAGAUCCUUUUAAGAAGAAAUCGUCCCUGGCAAAUAUAUGAAGUAAAGAAAAUAUGCUUCGUAAAGUGAUUAAUACUUAAUAGAUCGGGGCUUUGAUUCUGUCUCCAACUUAUGAACUAGCAGUACAAAUACAUGACGUUGUCUUACAUUUCAUUAAAUUCGUCAAUAUGAAAACAAAUGGUAAUUGUAAUUUUUCUUCACUCGUUUUCACUGGUGGUGGACGUUCCACUGGUCCAACUACAAAAUUUCAAGAUUUUGCUGCUUUCAAAGAAAAAGGUUCCACUAUUCUUGUCGCUACUCCUGGUCGUUUAACUGAUUUAAUCUUAGCUGGUCAAGUUGUUGAUUUUGGGCUGGGAAAUAUGAUGAAUCCUAUAAUUCGUGGACUUCGUAGUAUUGAAAUUUUGAUACUGGAUGAAGCUGAUCGUCUUUUAGAAAUGGGAUUCGAAUCACAAAUAAAUACGAUUUUGUCGUUUUUACCAAAACAACGAAGAACAGGAUUAUUCUCGGCUACACAAACAACUCGAAUCGAAGACCUACUGAGAGCUGGACUACGUAAUCCAGUUCGCGUGACCGUAAGUCAACAAACAAUGAAAGAUGUCAGCUCUGUUAGUGAUGGAUCUCAGCAACAGAAAUUACAACCACAACAACAACAGCAACGAACACCAUCUGCACUACAAAACUAUUAUUCGAUUGUUGAACCAGAUGAGAAGAUGUCACUUAUUCUACGAUUUAUUUUAGCACACAGAAUGGAGAAAAUUUUAAUAUUUCUGGCUACUUGUUACUGUGUAGAUUAUUUCUAUUCCAUUCUCAAGGGUUUACUUCCAUCAAAACAAUCUAAACGGCUAGAAAAGUUGCACGGGAAGUUGAAUAAAAAACGUUUCAGUGUAUUCACCAAAUAUAAAGAUUCACCAAAUGGAAUUUUAUUAUGUACUGAUGUAAUGGCACGAGGUAUUGAUGUACCACAUAUUGACUGGGUUAUUCAGUGUGAUCCGCCAACUAAUGCGAAUGCAUUUGUGCAUCGUUGUGGUCGGACUGCACGAUGUGGAAUUCAAGGUAGCGCUUUAUUGUUCAUUACUUCUCAAGAGGCUGCCUACGUCAACUUUUUGGAUAUCAAUCAACAGGUUAACUUAAAACAGAUGGAACGUGAAGAACUCGAACACCAUAUGACCGCACUAUCUCCCUCGAAUACACCAGAGUCUAUUUCUGGACGUAUUCGCAAUCUUUGCAGACAUGAUAAGUUGUUGUUUGAGAAAGCUACACGUGCAUUUGUAUCAUAUGUACAAUUUUACCGAAAACAUGAAUGCAAUAUACUACUUAAUUAUAAAAAAUUAGAUUUUGGUCGAUUAGCCAAUGGUUUUGGGUUAUUACAGCUUCCUUCUAUGCCAGAGCUACGAACUGGUAAUACUAGUGCAUUCAGUCCUUCAAACGUUGAUGUGUCAACAUUGACGUAUCGUGAUAAAAGUGUUGCUAAGCAACGUGAAUUAAUGCAAUCUUCGGAGGCAUCUAAACGGAUUAAACCUAAAUGGCUUAUCAAAAAGGAGAAGAACAAAGCCUGGAUUGCCAAGAAAAAGAAAACACGCAAGAUGAAAUCAUUGAAGAAACAAAGUUUACUAGUCAACAGUGAGGUGAAUAAAACUGAUGUUGUUGUUAAAAGGGAAAAUGAGAAUAAUGAAAGUGAUAUCAAUGAAUUACUUGACGAUUAUAGUUUAUUAAAAAAAGCUUAUAAGGGAAAGAUAAAAGAAGAACGUUUGGAGAGUGAUAUUGACAUGGUCGACUCUUAAUAUUAGUAAUAAUAGCAAUACUAAUAUUAAUAAUAAUAUGAAACAUAAAAUCGACUGUUAUAGCAAUACUGUGAAUCUACUCAUGUGUAUAUUGCACCUUACGUAUGUAUUUAUUUUGUACAAACAAUUGUCAUCAAUUUAUAUAAUGUAAAUACUAAAAAAUCCUUGUUUUGGAA